AUGGACAUCCAACGAGAACCUAGAAACGCGGCGAGGCAACCGAAUGUGCUGCACCAGUCCGCCUCAUGUUUCAGUCGCUACGGUAUUCGAGAUAUUGUGAUACAGUACACCAUAUUGUUCUAUUUCGGAGAAACAAAUUCUUCCCCGAUUGUUUAUCCCGGACAAACAAAGAACGGUGUCAUCAAAACGAGUAAACCGCGUAUAUCAUGUGCAUCUGGUACGGCUGCCACAGUUUCCUUCGCCAAUCGCCCGGAACAUAGAAGUGGGCAGCUACGUACUGGAAGUCGACGCGUGAAUUCACAAGUGACUGUGAAUUUCCCGCCGUGGAAACCCAGAGUUGCUCCAAUGCAGCCCCCAUAUGGCUUUGGUCUCCCGGACACAGAUCCGGCCCCAGAGGUGUAA